CUUUCCCAUGAUUUGAGUUGCCGCGUAAAGUACAUUGCGAUGGUUGACCCCAGGCCCCACGAUCCCGCGAGUGCUCGCCUUUCGGGCUCACAGGCAAAAUCGCGAAAGAAGACUAUGGAGCACCCGGAGCUCGCAAAGGAACGCGAGUUCUACAGGUAUUAUCCGCAGCGAACUACCUCCAACGAGGGUAUCAGCCGGCAGCCGUCGCCCACGCCCGCACAUGAUACGCCGCCCCGAGCACUUCCCUCAGGCCCUGGGCUUGGGAUUGCAUUCGAGAGCGACCCCCGGCCAUCCCAAGACAAGGCACUGACUGCAUUCGCACAGCUGGGAGCCCUGCGCCUCAAAGCGCGGCGAUGUCUUAUCUCCUUCUUCGAUCGACGAAACUGCUACAUUCUGGCCGAGGCUACCAGGACCCUAUCCUUGCACACAGGUCAGCCUGAGUUCAGCGAGGACAGCCUGUGCUGGGGCAACACUAUCCUCCCUAGGGAAAAGAGCAUUUGCUAUUACACUGUCAACCUUUCCACAGAUCGACCGGCUGUACCAUUCGAUGAUUUCAGCAGCAUACCUUCUCUUGUGGUCAACGACCUGGCGACGGAUCACCGCUUCAAGUUCUUCCCUUCAGUCACAGGAAGUCCUAAGACUCGUUUCUAUGCAGGAGUGCCUAUUCGCAGCCCAAGUGGGCACAACAUUGGCACAUAUUGCGUUCUUGACGACAAGCCGCGGGACGGCCUUUCGAUCCAUCAAUUGGACUUUCUUAAAGAUAUGGCAGGCACAGUGAUGCGCCACUUGGAGAUGACAAGGGCAACCGAAGAUCAUCGGAGGGGCAACAUCAUGGUUAAGAGCUUGGGAUCGUUCGCUGAAGGGAAGAGCGGAACUGAAGACUGGUGGCAGGAUCCCUGGGAUACACCGCUAUCCGCGGGGCUAUCGGAGACACCUCUCCAGCGCCAACGACCUCCGGCACGGUCAAACGCUGACCAAGAGCCGUUCAUCAUUGACCGAAGCAACAGUGCCAUUUCGAGCAUAAAGAGCUCGACAAACACAGACACAUCAAGUGUUCGUCCCAUGAGCAGCGUUAUUACUCUCGCUUCCGAGCUUGGACCAGAAUCACCCAGAGCACCAGAAACAGCGACCAAAACCUCUUCUUCUUCGCAGAAUGAUCAGAAAAGCAAGAUCGCGCCUGAGGUUCAAGCAGCCUUCAGUAGAGCAUCAAACAUGAUCGUCGAUGCAAUAGAAGCUGAUGGUGUCGCUUUCUUCGACGCUAAGAUCAGCACAUUUGGCGGGCUGGUAGACGAUGACCUCUUCUCCGAGCAGUUACCGGAACCAGACAAGCCCUGUGUUCUGUUGGGUUCCGCACUGAGCAAGAACCACAGAGAAACCUCGAAUGUCUCCGACAUGCAAAACUCAAUGUCCGAAAGUGUCUUGCGGCAUCUGCUUCGUUCUUACUCACACGGCCAAAUUUUCAACUUCGACGACGAUGCCACCACUCCAGCUAUCAAUUCUCCUUCAGGCAACGGUGAGAUGGAGAUAUCAGAUGGCUUCCCGUUCAACGUUUCACGCAAGUCAGAGUCUACGAGAAGCCAAGACGACGAGAACUUCCUCCGAAGCGUAUUUCCGAGAGCGAAGAGCUUAGUGCUGUACCCAUUGUGGGACUCGCAUCGCGAUCGCUGGUUUGCCAGCGCUGUUAUUUGGAGCUCUGACCCUAUGCGUGUUUUCACUAGCGAACAGGAAUUGAGUUUCCUUGCAGCCUUUAGCAACUCAGUCAUGGCUGAGGUUGCACGACUGGAUACCAAGCUGGCAGAUGCUGCAAAGGCUGAUUUUAUCUCGUCCAUCAGCCACGAACUUCGUUCUCCUCUCCACGGUAUCCUGGGUAUGACGGAUUUGCUCAAGGAUACAGCGAUCGACGGUCAGCAGACCAGCCAUGUGCAGACGAUUGAAACUUGCGGCAAGACACUCCUAGAGACCAUCAACCACGUGCUAGACUUUGCCAAAAUCAACAACUUGACACGAGGAACAUCGAAGAAAUCGAAGAAGCGUACGCAGAGCGCCAAACACAUCAUCAGCCCUGGACAAAGCCACACGAAUGACAUCAUGACGUUGAUAAACGACGUUGAUAUGAGUAUCCUCGUAGAAGACGUUGUCGAGAGUGUUUUCGCUGGUCAUACGUACCAGAAGGUAUCAGCUCAAACAUAUGAGCUCAGCUCCCAUAAGAAGGAGGCUCCUCCGAUGACCUUGAUUCUCGAUAUCAACCCGAGUGAGAACUACGUCUUCCACACGCAACCUGGCGCAUGGCGACGUGUCAUCAUGAACUUGUUCGGCAACGCGCUGAAAUACACUCCAGCCGGUUACAUCAAGGUUAAGCUCCAAGUGAUGCCGAAGACAAGCCCCACGGAAGAGUACUGCGAGUUCCGGUUCACAGUAACCGACAGUGGUGUUGGCAUGUCUGAAGAUUACAUCAAUAACAGGCUGUUCCAUUCUUUCGCGCAAGAGAAUCCUUUGAGUCAAGGAACUGGUCUUGGUUUGAGCAUUGUGAAGCAGAUUGUUGAAUCUUUGGGGGGCGAGGUUGAAGUCACCAGUAUGAAGGGCCGAGGAACAAAGUUCACAGUAUCCUGUCCUCUCAAGGAGUCGGUCAUGUCGCCAUCGUUUUGCCCAACGGAACCCGAGCAAGAGAAAGAGAGACACUUGCGGGAGAUUGGCAAGCGCACCCAGGGUAUGAAGGUCUGCUUCAAAGGGUUUGAUGAAGAGGAAGAGUACUUCGUACGGAGCCUGAAGGGAAAGACUGCCACCAAGCUGUCUAUGAAAGCGCUCGACAGUCUUUGUGCUGAUUGGUUUGGCAUGAAGACGUGUGCCAACGGCCCUUGCGCCGCGGCGCCAGAUCUCAUCAUUGCAACCGAAUCCGUUGCAAAGGUACUUCGUGCUCAACACAGCCAAGGCCCUAACAAAGCAAAUCACCCGCCAGUUAUUGUUGUCUGCCAGGGCGCUGCGUCCGCGCAGUCUACCACCGCCAUCACUGUGCCUGGUGUUAUCUUUGAAUGUAUCGGCCAGCCUGUUGGACCCCACAAGAUGGCAAAGGCUCUGUCAUCUUGCUUUGACCGCCACGCAAAUCGUCUGAUUGACCAGGUCCACGACACCGAAGCAACAUUACAGAAGGUUACACAGCUUAGUCUGAAGGAGAACACCCCGCCUCAAAGUCCGGAUAUGUUCACACGCCAUCUUGAUCAGUCUCGACCUGCUCUCACUUCAACGAUUAGCGCUCCUGAAGUGCGUUCGGUCAACUCAAGCCCGGUCAAGAAGUCAGCAUACUCUACGCCAACUAGGUCGCUGAACUGUCUGGCUGUUGACGACAACCCCAUCAACCUACGACUUCUUCGUACUUUCAUCGACAAGUUGGGUCAUCGCCAUGUCCUAGCCGUCAACGGUCUCGAGGCCCUCGAUACAUACAAGUCGGCUCAGGACCAGUCCUUGGUCACAGGAUCAGCUACUCAGGCUCACACCACAGCUGCAAAGGCUGCUGCCGCAGGCAUGACUGCACGUAUUGAUGUCAUCCUUAUGGACAUCAACAUGCCGGAGAUGGACGGCCUUGAAGCAACGCGCCAGAUCCGUGCCCACGAGAUCAGGAAUGGACUACCGCCUGUCACCAUCAUCGCACUUACAGGCGUGGCUAGUACUGAGACGCAGCAAGAAGCCAACUCUAGUGGCGUCAACCUGUUUUUAAUCAAGCCAGUGCGAUUAGCAGAUCUGGAGGUCGUGCUGAAGGGUGUUGUCACUGGACAAGAGAAGGCCGAGCGAGAGGAGAGGGAGAAGGAAAAUCCAACACAGACGCAAACGCACUCUCGGUCGCUGUCGCUGCAGCAAUCUCAGACGAAGACACAGACACCACAGAUACAGCUGCCACAGGCACAGACUGAGCAGGGUGUGGUCAAAGGCAAGGAAGAAAUGAAGGAGAGCAGCAUUACUGUCAAGGAGAUCAAAUGACUCGCACUGGUUGCACUCAGUGUUGCACUUUUCGGUAUCUGGACGGGGCGGUCCCGGUGAAUGACAGGCGUUAUACCCAUUUCUUUAUGAUGAUGGAAGGCAUUGGCAUAGCAUGGUAUGGCGUU